AUGGCGCUGAAUUCACCACCAGAGCAGCCACUUUCCCGGAACAGUUCUUUGGAUUCCUUUGAUUGGAAACAACAUUCCUAUCUGGAUCGUUUGAGAGCUCUGCAGCCCGUAUAUCCUGCACUGCGGUCUCUGCUGAACAAAUUGACCAAUGUCAAGGACAACGGCAGAUCUCUGGUUACAGAUCGUUACGCCAGGUACGAUGCUGUACCAUCUUCCCACACACCUGGCAGGUGUGCUGUACUCGACUUCCACAAGAAUUGCGUAAAGGAAAAGACUUUUCAGACACCAGGAGAACUAAGGACAUACUUCAACGACAAUCCUGAAGUCAAGAUCGAGAGCAACGAUGUAAAGCUUGGAGCCACGCGUGAUGACGAUGCAUCGCAAACGAAUGGCGGAGCUACAACCCAUCCCAAUGCUGGCGCCGCAAAGGUCGCACGCCGACGGCUAUACAUCCUCGAAGAUAUGGAGCCGGAGUUUCUCGAUGUCCUAGGAUGGCACUUGAAAAUCAACCCCCUGAUCUUGUCGGAACAGAUGAACACGUGGAACUUUGUCGACUCUAAUUCGAUACCUCAUCGUGCACUUCCCUCCAUGCGGACUCCAGCGACGUUUCUGCCUCUACGAUACUACGAGAUCAGGACUCUAGACGACGAAGACGCCAUUCUGACCCAGAAGAAUCAGAUGACACACGCCAUCAACAGGCGCAAGAUUGAGCGGUGGCGAGAUGUGGAUCUGCCAAGUAUCGUGCCCGACAAACGACAUGCCUUCAUACGUCGGUGUGCCAGCUUCUGGGCAUCUCAUGACACGAUCGAUGAACACUCUCCAGAUGGCUGGGAUGCUGUGAUUCUGGUCGAUCCUCCGCUGGACUCUUGCAGCGAGUGCCAAAAGCACAACGAAACCAAGCAUAUACGCGAGAAGACACGUGAAGACGUAGCGAAAGAUGGCAGGCCAACGAAAACGUGUGCUCCUACCUGCUUGAUGCUUGAGGAUCCAGAGCUGUAUCAGACUCGGAAGGCACUCUGGGAGUCGCGCGGAUGGAACCCGCGCGAAGCAGAAGUGAUUGAGACUCGCCACAAUAGCACCCCAUACCACGGCGGAUGUCCUUCGUUAGUGCCACCGAGCCUCGAUGCCGAUGUGGUCCAGAAGCGAAACAUGGCAUCCCCUUUCGACGAGCUGGUGCACUACUGGACCACAUGCACUGACACGACAUUGCUUGAUGCCGCGCAGAAGCGCCCUAUCAAUGCAGCCUGCUUCAUGAUCAAAUUCGUCGCUCAAUACUGGAGUCACCAGCUGGAUCUCAUUGCUUAUGGCGUGGCAAACGGAGAGUGGUUUUCGGACGACCAUGAAGCCAACUUCAACGCCAAGUCGACACUUACCAGCUUCAAGGAGGAUCUCGGGAACAUCUCUGUCGCCACGAAGGACAUCAAUUAUAUGCGGCGGCAGAUGAGCCACUUCGAACGUGUCAUCACGCUCAACAUGGAGCGGCUGGGUAUGCAGCUUGGCGACGAGACAGUUGACCGCGACCUGCCCCGAGCACUUGCCGAUGCACAGAAGGACUUCUUGACGAUAUCUGCUCGACUGAGGCCUUUUCGCGAUCGGGUCGAUGACCUUACUACCAUUGCCAACGAGAUCGCGAGUCUCCAUGCCGCCUACAAGAGUAUUCAAGAUGGAGAACAAGGGCUGAGGUUGAGCCUAUUCGCGUCAAUCAUCUUCCCGUUGACGUUGGUAGCGUCCAUCUUCUCGAUGAGUGAUCGUUAUCGGCCUGGUCAAGCAAAGCACUGGGUGUUCUGGGCGGCUAGUAUCCCUCUGACCAUCAUCUUUGCCACGGGUCUGCUUUAUGAGCACGAGAAGAGACUAUACCGCUGGGCGGACGAGAAGCUACACCCGGAGAAGAAGAAUAUUGUGCAAUCAACGAAGAAGGUAAAGUCUAUUCAGCGGGCACCGACAGUGCAUGAGGAUGUGUAA